CAUAGGCAGGGAGUACCCAUCGGGUACUUAGCCGUCGCGCUGGCUCUCAUUGCCUCGAUGGGAGGCUUCAUCUUCGGUUACGACACGGGUCAAAUUUCCGACAUCCUGAUUAUGGAGGACUUCCUCCUCCGUUUUGGUAAUUGUCAAACGCCAGGCGAUGCUAACAGCUGUCAUUUCACGAACGUGCGCGAAGGGCUCAUUGUUGCCCUGCUCUCCAUCGGUACCCUCGUCGGCUCGCUUUUAGGCGCUCCGACCGCUGAUUUUCUGGGUCGGCGAUACGCCAUGGUCGCGGAAAGCAUGGUGUUUUGCGUCGGCGUCAUCAUUCAAAUCUCUACCAAUCAUGUUUGGCAGCAGUUCGCUGUCGGCCGUAUGAUUGCUGGCUUUGGUGUCGGUGCGCUAAGCGCGGCGGUCCCUAUGUACCAGGCAGAAACGGCGCCUAGCCAGAUCCGUGGUACACUGACUGCGACCUAUCAGUUGUUCAUCACGUUCGGUAUCCUCGUUGCCUACUGUAUUUCCAUCGGCGCGCGCUACAUCGGCGGCGCAGGAUCAUGGCGUACGGUCGUCGGUAUCUCUUUCGUGUGGCCGAUGAUCCUAUCGGUCGGAAUCUUGUUCAUGCCGGAGUCGCCCCGAUGGCUCACGAAACGCGAACGCUAUGAUGAGGCGCGGCGCUCGCUCGCGCUUGUUCGUGGUGUGCCUGUGCAGGAAGCGGCUGACCAUUUUGUCAUUAGCCGCGAGCUGGAGGAGAUGCGUGGGGCUGUCGAGUAUGAGAAAAAUGUGCAGGCUGGCUGGUUGGACUGCUUUACGCUCGAACGCAAACAACUCUACCGGACAUGCCUCAUCGCGACGUUGCAGAUGUUCCAGCAGCUCACGGGCGCCAACUAUUUCUUCUACUACGGUGCAACGAUCUUCAAAUCUGUCGGCAUCAGCGACUCGUACAUCACGCAGAUCAUCCUCGGCGCCGUCAACUUUGGCUGUACGUUUGGCGGUCUGUACGUCAUGGAGAAGUUCGGGCGUCGUUUCCCGCUCAUCGUCGGUGGCGUGUGGCAGUCGUGCUGGCUCUUCGUGUUUGCGGCCGCCGGCACGGCGAAGGAUCCCCAGACCAACGAGUCCAUUGGCAAGCUGAUGAUUGUCUCUGCGUGCCUGUUCAUCCUUGGCUAUGCGAUGACGUGGGCGCCCGGCAUCUGGAUUCUUGUCGGCGAGACGUUUCCGACGCGGACGCGUGCGAAGCAGGCUGCAUUGGCGACGGCAAGCAACUGGCUGUGGAACUUCCUUCUCGCGUUCUUCACGCCGUUCAUCACAGAGGCGAUCGCCUACCGCUAUGGAUUCGUGUUUGCCGCAUGCAACCUGACCGGUGCGGUCAUCGUGUAUUUCUUCCUGUAUGAGUCGUCCGACCUGUCGCUUGAGAGCGUCGACAUGAUGUACAGCGAUCCUUACUGCAAGCCGUGGACGUCUCGCAAUUGGGCGCCGCCGGGCUUCAGCUCGCGCCAGGACCUCGUCGAGCAGACGCGUGCAGCAGAAAUGCGCAAGCCGCUUGCGGAGGGUCACGAAGAGCGUAUCGAGAAGACAUCCGAUCAUCGUGCAGAGAAAGUAUGACUUCCCGGCUCGUUCUUCCUGUGACGCACACCAUGCGGACUCUCUCAACAGAUCGCUCUGUCCGGGUUUGCUGUACUUGUGUUGUGGUCGGUAUCUCGUCCGCGAUAGGUCCUGCGUGU